AUGUUUUUUCUCACAAUUCUGCUGUUUUCCUACCUUCAAAUGUCUCAGCAGAUUCAGAAAACUACUGCAAACGGCAAAGAGAUGCUGUCCAAUCCCAGGCUCAUACCUGUUCAGGGGACUUUGAAUGUAGUGAUGAACCAGAACGUGACCCUCUCCUGCCACUCAGACUCUGGAUCUCCACCUGUCAGAUACACCUUGUUUAAACGUGGUCGGAAGGUAUCCAUUUUAAAUAGGCCAGACUUGACCCCCAGUUUGUUUAAUUUGACGAUCAACUCUGCUGAUGAUAUGGGUGAAUACAAAUGCAAAGCUGAGAAUAACAUCUCCAGUCGUGGAAAAUACAGCAACAGUCUCAACUUCACCCUUAUAGAGCCAGUUUCCAAACCAGUGCUGAGCUCAUCCACCUCUCAAGCAAAGAAAGGCCAGAAUGUGACCCUGUCUUGUCUCUCAGAGAACGGCUCUCUUCCUAUCACAUACAUAUUCUUCAAAGGAAGAGAAAGCAUCUCUCCCCCAGUCAAGAUGCAGAAGAGGGAAGCAGCUGUGAUUUUUCUAUUUAUCAAUUCCUCUAGUGACUUUGGAACCUAUAAAUGCAGAGCUGAAAAUAGCUUUCACAAUAAUACAAAAUACAGCAAAAGUUUCAACUUUACACUAGCAGAAGAGAGAAAACAUUCUCAACCCCUGAUAAUUUCUCUUGGGCUGAUCUUGCUACUAUUCAUUAUAGCUUUUGGUCUGGCAAUUCCAUUUUUCAUAAUUCGUUCACAUAAAGCAAAAAAAAUUAAGUCUACUAUGUCCUCAACUAGCCUUACUUCAACAGCAAAUGCAGAAGAGUCUGAAAAUGUCAUAUACAUAGAGAUCGAGCCUGUUAAACCAGAAGAAGAAUACGUCAACUUUUCAGUUAUUAGAGGAGAACAUGAAAAAGAGAAGAGGGCAUGUGCUACAGUCUAUUCAAAGGUCCUCAUCAGAGACUGAGUACAAGGUAGAAUCUCUUUCGUGAUUAACUUAAAUCAUGUAUUCUUAAAGACUCCUUCAGUCCUCAGAUGUGAUAACCUGGAAGACCCAGAUGGUCUAUGUUAA